UCCCGCCCGAAAGAUAAGUGGGGAGAAAAUGGCGACGGAGGGGCAAACCGUCGCCACCACAACCACCACCGCCACCGGCGGCUCAGAAGAAUCAUUGAAGCUGGCUAUAGCUGUAGCUCUUCUUCGUUCUAAACUCCUUCAAAAACCUUCUUCAUCUGACACUAGUCAUCCUUCUUCUUCAACCUCCAAUGUUGAUGCUCUCAAGUGGAAACGCAAGGCGAAAGAGCGUAAACAGGAGAUUCUCACACUCAAACAGGAUCUCAUUCAAAUUGAAGAUGGCUUACAUCAGGAGUUAGUCUCAGGGGGUGCAUCCUGCAAAUGCUAUUUCUUUGACAAUCUAGGGAAGUUGAGUCCAAAUAAGCUAGCAGGAGAGGGAUUUGACUCUGGAUUUAAUGAUGUUUUACGCCGUAGAUUUCUUAGACAAGUGAGACUUAAGGAAAGAAGAAAAAGAAGAAUUGAUGGUUCUACACAACGCUUGUUCUUGUCUGAGAAUAAUGCUGAGGAGACUGAACAACUUGGGGCUUCAGUUGAUUUUCUUGUGGAUCUAUGCGAUACUACUUCUGUAAAUCCAGAUGAUACAAAUAUUGCGAACUGGUCACACCAAGCUGUGGACUUCAUUCUGGAGGCAAUCAAGAAUAUCUUGUCUAUGGGGAAGAAUACUGAACCUGUUGAAGGGAUUGUUGGCAGCUUGUCAAUGCGGUUAGUUAGGAAAAUGUGCACCACAUUACAAGAAGCCCAUCAGUUUAAAAAUGAUUCCCAGUUCCAUGUUCAACACUUGCUUCGUAAGCUUGGAAGUGAGUCAUUUAUUGGACAGCGGGUGAUUCUUGCAGUUUCUCAGAAAAUCUCUUCAGUGGCAGAAAAUUUGUUAUUUCUUGAUCCAUUUGAACCAAGUUUCCCUGAGAUGCAUAACAGCCUGUACAUUUUGAUCCAGCUGAUCGAGUUUUUGGUAUCAGAUUACCUAAUACGUUGGUCGAAGGCAGAUGGAUUCGAAACACAGUUGUUUGAAGAAUGGGUGACUUCAAUCCUCCAUGCUCGAAAAGGACUUCAACUGUUAGAGAGUAGGUGUGGACUUUACAUGCUAUAUAUGGAUCGUGUAACCGGGUUAAUUGCGAAAGUAGUGGGUCAGGUUGCAUCUCUCCAGAAGCUCAACCCAAAUAUUCUUCAAAGCCUAUUUUGCUAAUUCUGUACAAUGUAAGUAAAAACUUUAACCCCUACCCUUCUUUUACACUAUAUUUGCUCUCAGCAUACAAAAAUAUCAUCUGGUUUACAUCAUAUGAUCAAAGGGGAUGCGUAUUGUAAGAAGUUUGAUUCUACGAUAUUGUAAGAAGUUUAACUUGAAUUAUAUUUGAAAGUCCAACAGUCUUUAUUAGCAUUGAUUUGAUGAAUUCGAACUUAGUUGAAUAUUCUAAAAUGUCUUUA